AUGGAUGCGGACUGGGACGAGGUCGCCCGCAUCGCCUUCCCGGCGCCGGGCAACAAUGACUACCCGAGACCGGCCACCGCUCUGGCCUGCGACCCCCUCGCCGAGCUGCUUUGGGUGGGCAGUGACCGGGGCCGUGUCGCGUCGUUUUACGGUCGCGAUCUGCAGCGGUACACUGCCUUCAAGAUCCAGCCGCCUGCCGAAGGACCCGUUCGGCAAUUCCUCUUUCACGACAAGGGCGUUAUCGCCCUCGGGACACGGAGCGUCCAUAUGGCGAUGCGAAGGGGCCCGGCUUUGUGGAAUAUCCGCCAUGAGGACAUGAAAGACUUGCGGUGCAUGAGUUUCACCUCCAAGGGCGCUUCUGAAAUUCUCGUUGCCGGUUGGCAGGACACCAUGUUCAUUAUCGACGUGGCCAAGGGCGAAAUCAUUAAGCAGGUCCCCACCGAACAUCACUACAUCAUUAUGAAAAAGAGCAGGUAUAUAUGCGCUGCCACACGAACCGGCUGUGUCAACCUCCUCGACCCCAUCUCUUUCAAGGUUGUUAGGACUUGGCAGGCUCAUGCCUCGUACAUCAACGAUAUGGACGCCCAGAACGACUUCAUUGUCACCUGCGGAGGCUCCCUUAAGCAAACGACUGCCCAGGCCUAUAUGCUCGAUCCCUAUGUCAACGUCUUCGAUCUCAAAAACAUGACCUCGAUGAAGCCUAUGCCCUUUCCGCCCCUGGCGGCUCACGUUAGAUUACAUCCGAGGAUGUUGACGACGAGCAUCGUGACAUCCCAACAAGGACAAAUGCACGUUGUGGACAUUAUGAAUCCUAACUCAAGCAAUGUCAGAUACGCCAACAUUCUAUCCUUCAUCAACCUGUUUGAAAUUGCGCCGUCUGGUGAGGCACUUGUCAUAGCCGACACGGACUGCAACAUCCAUCUUUGGGGUUCACCCUCCAAGGUCCACUUCACCGACAUGGCGCUUCCUAUCGAGCUGCCGGAGGCCGAGGAGCCUCCGCCGGUACUGGACUGGUCGCCCGAUACGCCCCUGAGUUCUGUAGGCAUGCCCUACUACCGCGAACCAUUAUUCUCGGCCUGGCCUGCCGAUAUCAUUUCCGAUGUUGGCGCGCCCCCAGUUCAACUUGAUCCGGCCUUUCUCGCUACUCUGAAGCAGACUGAAUGGGGCUUGUACGGUCGCAAUACCCGAGGCUUGCGUCGCAACCAGGUUGAGGAUACCCGGGCUGCCGCGAAGGCAUCUAGCGCCAUGCAGCCGCCAAAGUUCCUGAGCGAGAAGGCGCGGGAAUUGGCCCUCUCCUCCGCACAAGAGACUCCCUCCGGGGGGAAAGCAGAUCAGGUACCAGACUCCUCGUCGACAAAUGAACUCGAAAGCCUGAAGCCCGAGGCUCCCCCCAUGUACAGAAACCUAGAGAUCAAGUACAGCAAAUUCGGUGUCGAUGAUUUCGAUUUCGGCUACUAUAACAAGACACAGUACGCCGGCCUCGAGAAUCACAUUCCGAAUUCGUACGCGAAUUCACUUCUGCAGCUCAUGCACUAUACCCCACUUCUACGGAAUUUUGCGCUUCAGCACGCCGCGACGGCAUGCUCGAGCGACCUGUGUUUGCUUUGCGAGUUGGGCUUCGUUUUUGACAUGUUGCAGAAGGCCGAGGGUUCGACAUGUCAGGCGACCAACAUGCUCAAGGCGCUGAGCAGCACUCCUCAAGCGGCUCGUCUGGGUCUGCUGGAUGAGGAAACCCAUGUACCAUCGUUGGCGACAAUGAUUCAGGGACUUGGUAGAUUCCUCUUUGACCGGAUUGACCAUGAAUACCGGAGUAUAACGCCGGCUUCCACUGCCUUGGAACAGGCGCUCUUUGAUCUCCCACAACCCCCAAACCCUGACGACCUGGCGUCGAAGGUGCUCAACACGUCAGCUGUGGUCAUGAUUAAGUGUAACAACUGCAGGAGCGAAACCACACGUCCCGGUACCGCACACGUCAAUGACUUGAUGUACCCUGCUCCAAAGGCAGCCGGGAGGGCCGGCAGGGCCACCAAGACGACUUUUUCGCAAGUGCUGAAAAUGGGUGUCGAAAAGGAGACGGCGUCCAAAGCAUGGUGCAGCAGGUGCCAGCGGUACCAGAACCUUCAGAUGCGCAAGACUAUAGAUGGCAUCCCUGCAGUACUCACUGUCAACACGGCAAUAUCCACGCCUGAACAUCGCCGGCUGUGGGCAACGCCUGGUUGGCUUCCGGAGGAGAUUGGGAUCAUAGUGGAUCAAGGCCAGUUCUUCUGCUUUGAGGGCGAAGACCUUAAGCUGCAUCUCCAACGCGGAAUCCAUAACAUUGCCGUGUACUCAUUAAUCGGCAUGGUGGUGAAUAUCGAGGCCAGCGCGCCUCACAAAUCGCACCUAGUCGCUAUGAUUAAUGCAGUGGCCCAUUCGGAAGCGACGCCACCGGGCAAGAGCAAAUGGCACCUGUUUAAUGAUUUUGCAGUGCGGCCCGUUUCCAGCGCGGAAGCGUUGACGUUCAAUGCGGCAUGGAAGAUGCCGUCUGUCCUUCUAUUUCAGCUGAAAGCAGCGAACAACAAGAGUAAUAUGGACUGGAAGGCAAAGCUGGACACGUCGGUUCUGUACAAGGAUCUCAGUCCGCAUGCGGAUACCAAAACGUACCGCAUCCUUGAUCAGGAAACGGAGCGGCCCGGCCCAGACACGAUUGUGGCGUUAGACACGGAAUUUGUCUCACUUAAGCAGCCCGAGAUCCAAAUGAACUCGGAUGGCGAACGGGAAACGAUCCGGCCCAUGUCACACGCGCUGGCGAGGGUGUCAGUAGUCCGGGGUCAAGGCGAGAACGAAGGAGUGGCCUUUAUCGAUGACUACAUCGCCAUCCGCGAGCCUGUGGUGGACUACCUGACGUUGUAUUCGGGUAUCACAGCCAGCGAUCUAGACCCGCGCACAAGCAAGCACAAUCUGGUGUCACUCAAAACGGCGUACAAGAAGCUCUGGGUCCUUCUCAACUUGGGCUGCAAAUUUCUGGGCCACGGGCUGAGGCAGGACUUUAGGGUUAUCAAUAUCCAGGUGCCCCGAGCGCAGGUCAUAGACACCAUCGAGGUCUUUUAUCUCAAAUCGAGAUUGCGCAAGCUGUCGCUGGCCUUUUUGGCAUGGUACCUGCUCAAAGAGGACAUCCAGCUCGAGACGCACGACUCGAUUGAGGACGCGCGGACGGCGCUGAAGCUUUACCGCAAGUAUCUCGAGUUUGAAGACGCGGGCAUCCUCGAGCCCAUGUUGGAGGACAUCUACAAGACGGGGCGGGCAACCAAUUUCAAGCCGCCGCGCAAGGACGACCAGGCGAUUCAGCGCACCGACACGCCGCCGGUCACGGUGGAGGGCGGGGCCGGCCCCACGACACCGGCACGUAAGGCGGCCGGUCUGGGGCCGGGCUCCGGGACGGGGUUUGGGGCGAUCCCGGUGUUUACGCCGUCAAAGGGGUCGCCGUUGCAGAAGUGA